GCCUCAUUUCCUGGGAGGGAAGAGCCAAGCCCUGUUGGCUGCAGGGAUAUCUGCCCACCAUGGCCCUGGUGCUGAUCCUCCAGCUGCUGACCCUCUGGCCUCUGUGUCACACAGACAGCGCUCCAUCUGUCCCCCCAGCUUCAUACCCCAAGCCAUGGCUGGGAGCUCAGCCAGCUACGGUUGUGACCCCCGGGGUCAACGUGACCUUGAGGUGCCGGGCACCCCAACCCGCCUGGAGAUUUGCACUUUUCAAGUCUGGAGAGACCGAUCCCCUUCUCCUCCGGGAGGUGUCCUCGGAGCUGGCGGAGUUCUUCCUGGAGGAGGUGACUCCGGCCCAAGGGGGAAGUUACCACUGCUGCUAUGGGAAGCCAGACUGGGCGCCAAGUGUCUGGUCCCAGCCCAGCGAUGCCCUGGAGCUGCUGGUGACAGACUCCAGCUCCUCCGACUACACGAGGGAGAACCUGGUCCGCCUGGGGCUGGCCGGUCUGGUCCUCAUCUCCCUGGGCGUGCUGGUCGCUUUUGACUGUCGCAGCCAGAACCACGCUCCUGCUGGCGUCCGCCCCUGAACCCCAGGAGCACUGCAACCCCAGAAGACUUCCAACCUGAGUGGCAGAGAAGCUGGGACCCUGGGCUGCACUGUCCUUUCCUGUGGGAGAUGGGUCAGCGUCGGGGGAGAAACUAGGGAAAGGGGGGAAGGCAGCUGUUCUCACCCUGAGGCAGAGGGCCCGGAGCCUGUGCCAGUGAGCGAAGGGGAAGUUAUCUCCAUCAGCCUCGUGCGUUUCAACGUGUCCAGAAACUGCCCUUUCCCACCCCCCCUCCCAUCCCCGCCUGUGAAGUCCCUGAAAGGGAAACAAUAAAUGUUAAUUAUUCGCA